ACGGUUUAUUUUAGCUCCGGUAUUUUUCUUGUUCGCUUUACAUUUUCCCCGAUGUAACACACAUUUUGUUUAUUGAGCUACAGCCUUCCUGUCAGCUGAAUGUGGAUAUUAAUCGGCUUCUCAGUGUAUUUUCGCUCCUUCAUGCCGCUUCUUCCGCUGUCUUUUACUGCAUAUAGAUGUAUUUUGUAUCCCGUGUUUCCUCCAGUAACCCAUGUCUGUGUGCAUCCCGCCUCCCUGCGCUCUCAAUAGAUGGUGCAAGUCAAAAUGUCCAAAUCGCCCGUAGACCCUCUGUCUGCUGUGGAAACCGGCUCUCAGUCGCACUAUUUUCAGCUGCCCAGGAAGUUGCCUAAACGGAAGAGCCGCUUCAAACGCUCAGAUGGCAGCACGUCUUCUGACACAACAUCCAGCUUCAUCAAACGGCAGGGGUCGGCUGAUUCAUAUACCAGUAGACCGUCGGAUUCAGACCUGUCAGCAGAGGAGGACCGCGAGGCGUAUCGGCGUGAAGCCGAGCGCCAGGCACAGCUGCAGCUCGACAGAGCUAAGUCCAAACCUGUAGCGUUUGCAGUAAAGACGAAUGUGAGUUACUGUGGAGCUCUAGAUGAGGACUGUCCUGUCCAAGGAGCUGCAGUCAAUUUUGAUGCCAAAGACUUCCUGCACAUCAAAGAAAAGUACAAUAAUGACUGGUGGAUCGGCCGGCUAGUAAAGGAGGGAGCAGACAUCACCUUCAUCCCCAGCCCUCUACGACUGGAGGCCAUGAGACUCAAACAGGAGCAGAAACAGAGGAAAACAGGGGGUAAUUCCUCCAGUUUAGGUGACAUGGUGACUGGGAGCUGGAGGACCACACCGCCAUCUGCAGGUGAAUCCAAACAGAAGCAAAAACAGGAACACGUCCCGCCCUACGACGUGGUGCCCUCUAUGAGGCCGGUGGUCCUCGUGGGACCAUCGCUGAAGGGCUAUGAGGUGACGGAUAUGAUGCAGAAAGCUCUUUUUGACUUCCUGAAACACAGAUUUGAGGGACGAAUCUCAAUCACCCGUGUAACUGCCGAUCUGUCUUUAGCCAAGAGAUCUGUCCUCAACAAAAGACCCAUAAUGGAGAGAUCCAAUACUCGCUCCAGUCUAGCGGAGGUUCAGAGUGAGAUUGAGAGGAUAUUUGAACUUGCCAAAACCCUGCAGCUGGUGGUUCUGGACGCGGACACCAUCAACCAUCCUGCGCAGCUCGCCAAAACCUCCCUCGCACCCAUCAUUGUCUAUGUUAAAGUUUCCUCACCAAAGGUGCUCCAGAGGCUGAUCAAAUCCAGGGGGAAGUCUCAGAGCAAGCACCUGAAUGUGCAGAUGAUGGCUGCAGACAAACUCUCUCAGUGCCCCCCUGAUAUGUUUGAUGUCAUUUUGGAUGAGAACCAGCUGGAAGAUGCUUGUGAGCAUUUGGCUGAAUACCUGGAAAUCUACUGGCGUGCCACUCACCUCCCAGGAAAUACCCCUCUUAAUCCCUUAUUGGAGCAGAGUCUGAUGACCCCGCCUUCUGCCAUCUCUAGCCUACAGAACAAGAACCAGCCGCAGCCUCAUGAGGCGGGGGGCUUGGAGGGUGACGAGGAGGAAGAGGCGGGCGAGGAGGCCCACUCCCCCUUGGAGCAGGACAGUCUUAUGCCGUCCGACGAGGCCAGUGACUCCCUGUCUCGCGGCCAGAGGGGGAGUCCAUGCCACAGGGGGGGUGAGGAGGACGAGGAGGAGGAGGAGGAAGAAGAAGAGGAAGAAGAGGAAGAGGAGGAGGAUGAGUAUGCCUCCCCCUGCCAUGCUCGCACAUACAGGGACAUGUACCCCCCUCACCGUGGGCACACAGGCAGUGCCCACAGUGCCAACGGGCAUGAGUCACAAGACAGGCUGCUCCAACGCGAAGCUCAGCAAGGUCACAACCAGAGGAACAACCGCCAGCGCAGCCGCCCCUGGCCCCGAGACAACUACUGAGGAACAAGGCCCCCCCCCACACCUCCCCUCAGCCUCCAGAUCAGUAUCAAGAUCACCCCAAGCCCUCCGACUGUCGAACUGUCCCAAACACAACGUUUAGAGAUGAAAAAACAUUCCCAAAAUCAGCUCCAGACUUUUAGCAUCAAUCAGACACAGAUGUCCAGUUUAUUAAGCAGACGACUGUAUGUAUUUAAUUUUUACAAUCUCUCUCUUCCAGACUCCCAGUUUUAAUUUAUUUAAACCAAGGGGAUGUAAUGACCUCUCCAGGGUCAAGUCAUUCAGAUAAAAGUCAACAGGGCUACUCACCUCUGCAAUGGAAAGGUUUCAGGCUACCAGCUGUACGCAAACUCAAACUUUAGCUGCUUUGCCUAAGGUUUCUCUAUUGUAGGAUGUCUCAUAUACUGGCCUUAAAAUUCCUAAGACUUUUAACUAUCUUUACUAUUGCAUGUACGAGUAUAAUUAUUUUAAGACUAUUUGCACAUUAACGUCAGAACAGGAACUGAAUGAUCUUUAUAGAUAAACUAAUGUAGGAAUGUCUACUGUUGAAUCAAUUUAUGGGGAUUAGUAAUGCAUUUGAUUACAAUGUAUAUACUGAAUGGGCACCUGGUUUUGUUUCAUUGCUACUUUAUUUAUUGAUUUGUUUGAUUAUGUUAAUAUGGACUUGUUUGCAGUUUCAGAGAGAUGUUGCAAUCCGUGUGUUGUCAGUUUUUACUCUGAAGACGGUGAAUGGCGUUUGGGAGACACGCAUACAGUUUAUCAUUCUGUAAACGCUCACAAUGUAAGUAUGAAGCUGCAGUACAGCGUCAGUGUCACUUGUCUUUGCUGUUGCACAAUCACUCUUUGAACACCACUGAAAAGCUAAAAAAAAAAAAAAAAAAAAAA